AUCUUACUACCCUUUGCUGCUGCACACUUUUCCCACCAUUUCGACCACCACCUGCGCAACACCGAGCAAAUCUCGAAUCAGCUCUCACCUUUUUUCUUUCUUGAAGCUCAAAAGUGAACCUGGACACGUAAACUACUCGCGAGCAACAGAAGCUCCCGUCCUUCGUCGCAACCCCAGACCGAGCUCGAGAAAGGCAUCACACUCCUCCAAACGAACCUCGCGCUCCCGCUUUACACCUACCUACCUACAUACCACACACAAUGUCAGCUCAAGGCUACUAUCAAGGCGGAGGUCAGCCCCAAUACGGCCAACCGCAGUACCCUCCACAAUCGUACGGUCAACCGCAGUACGGUGGUUACCAGCAAGGUCCACCUCCAAUGCAGUACCAGCAAGGCUACCAACAGCAGGCGCCACCGCGACAAAAAAAGGAUCGAGGUUGCUUGGGUGCGUGUCUCGCGACGCUGUGCUGCUGUUUUGUGUGUGAAGAGGGCUGCGAGUGUUGCGCCGACUGCUGCGAGUGCUGUAUGGACUUCUGUUAGUUGGUCGUGUAUCUUGAGAUUGGGUCGCAUUACGUGCACGAUGUAGGAUACAUGUGAUGGAAGGGACGCGACUGUGGAGAUGGGUUGGUUGCGACGUUCUAUCGGAACAUGAUGCUCAAAUGGUAAACAACACAACAUCUUUCCGGCACUUUUCAUCAUUCAUCACUGCCGUUGCCACUGUUCCUUGCUCAAAAUGCCUCCUAAUAAGUUACCUUACGACAUCGAAGUACCCUUCCGUCGCCCGCUCCGAGAAGCCUUUCACCAUCUUGCGUGUGGCCUCGCCACUCACAGCUUCCAGGUGGUUGUGGUGUCAAUACCAAGCGUGAUCCCGGCUGACGGAUGCCUUGGCAAGGAAAAAUAUCAGCCUUACGGGUGGAGCUGGUGUGGCGGUGAUGUGGAUGUUACUAAGGUAAUGUGGAGCUCUUGGUGCUUGGCCGUUUCUCCGGUCGUCCUAGGAGGUAAGAGAGCGCAUGUACCCGUGAAAAUGCGUGUCGUUCCAAGGCCCCAGUACGGAGGGAGGUAGGUCCUCUCGCGGUGCGAUCAAGGUCGGACCAGAUAACUCCCGAGGGCUUUGUCAAACUUCUCUACACGGAUCGGCAUUUCCAUACUGUAAAAUGGAUUCUUCAUGACGAAGUCGCCAUAGAUCUCGUAACACCUUCGGACCACAAGAUCCGUAUUGGGCUGUUCGGGACUCGUAAAGAGCAGAAACUUGAUACCGGUAGGGCUUUGGUAGCAAGUCAGUCUGAAAUGACUGCUCUCCAGACUCUCAAUUCCGGUCGUGAGUGGUCUUCUGUUUCCUGGUACGGCUGGCGCGGGCGGCGCGGGGUUGAUGCUGCGCGAGAUGGCAUGAAUGCCAUGAAAGGUGCCGGCUAAGAUGAGGUAGUCAUUGGAGUCUAGCUUCUGCAAUCCAGGAGCAAAAGUGCGAUUGUAGACCAGGCCGCCAGCUUUGUUGAUGAUCAGGAGCGCGAAGACAACCAUAUCGGCGACAGUGGAGACGGCGGAACAAACUGUAAGCUCUUCAUAUAGUGGGUCGAGGUGGAUGAAUCCGAAUGGGUGUGGUCUCUCUCUUUC